AUGGUGGGCCUACUGAACGAUUGCUUGGUGAACCCAGUCGGAGCAGUACAAUUGAUGUUGGAGAAGGCGGUGGCCUCAGGCAAAGAUCCGGCUGGCAAAGAUUGGGCCACCAUUGAUCUCUUUCGCGAGUUCCUUUUUGACAAUGGCAGUCUUUCUCAGGAUGGAGCAGCAUGGAGAAUCAACAAGUUUGUAGAUGUUCCCCAAUUUCUCAUGGGUUCUUCAUCUGAUAUGCGGAUUUGGGAGCGGCAUUUGCUUUAUUGUGUUCCUGUUCCGGGGCAGAAUUCAUGGACUCAAACUUCUUUUGAAGCUAUGAGAAAUCCAUAUUCCAAUAUAUUGUAUCUCCAUAUGGAGUGA